ACUACCGCUAUUUGACACUUUCCCUCUCUCAAAUAUGUAAAAAAUGAAAAUUUCCUUUCUCGGAACGGUAUAUACUGGCGCCAUUCCAUUCAAUUUUAUUUCAUCGCCUUUUCUUUCUUCUUCAUCUUCUUCUUCAUUCUCUCCUCAGAUCUACUUUCUCUCUCCUCUCUCUCUCUUGCAACGCAUCAAUGGCUUCUCAUUCUGGUCUACUCAACCACCGAAAUCUCCCUCUCCGUCUCUCCCGGAUUAACCACCUCUCUCCCCCUUAUCAUUUUGAUCGCUCCACUCUCAAGUUACGUCCGUUAAUUAUUCAACAAUACAGGUUAUGUGUUCGACGUAAUGCCAUUUCUACUAGAGCCUUCGACGAGGAUUCCUUUGACUUUCCAAUACUUGAUGAUUGGGAUCCUGAAGAGAGUUCUUCAUAUGUGCCCUCAUCGAGUGACGGCGAAGAAGACUCUGAUGACGAAAUCUUUCUUAUCCCAGUAAAUGAUGUUGAUUUGCCUUCUGCUUCUGCUUCAAACAAUGAUGCUUUAACAGUGGCUGCUCAUCGGCUUGCAACCAUUGGGCGGGGACAGAAGAAACAUAGGAUCAAACUUGGCCUUUUCAUCACCAUGGGGCUUAUAAUCGUCUUGACAGUACUGCUUUUAUAUGUUGAUUGGUGUAUGUGGAAAAUUGUUAGACUCCCGUUAGCACCUUUUUACUUGACCCGCCCAUUUCUCAUAUCAGCCAUUCUGGUUUCUUUUGCUGGCUAUGUUUGUGUCCCAAUUUUUCGUCAUUUGAAAGCUAUCCAUGUUAUCAAGCAACAAGGACCUCUUAGACAUCACUUGAAAAGGAGGACACCUACGUUGGGUGGUUUACUUUUUGUACCAAUUGGUGUAAUUGUUGCUCAUGUUAUUGCUGAUUCCUCAUCCAUAGAAGUGUCCGGGGUAUGUGGUGUAACAAUUGCAUUUGCAGCAGUCGGUUUACUCAGUGACAUAUUAAACCUCACCAAGAAUCAUUGGAGAGGUUUACCAGCAUUGACAGAAGUUUGCUUGGAGGUAGCUGUCGGAACGUGCUUUUCGUUUUGGUUGAACAUCACCAGUAUAUCUUCACCCUAUGGCAUGAAGACAUUGCUUCCCCUACCAGUAGGCCUUGUGUAUUUGGGGCGAUAUUACCAUCUCUUGACCUCGUAUUGUUUUGUUUCCAUGGGCCAUGGUGUUAAAUUAGCAGAUGCUCUUGAUGGACUUGCUGGAGGCACUGCUGCAUUGGCUUUUAUUGGAAUGUCAAUAGCUGUGCUGCCAAUAUGUUCAGAGCUUGCUAUUUUUGGAGCUUCAAUGGCUGGAUCUUGUGUUGGAUUUCUUCUAUACAACAGACACAAAGCAUCUGUUUAUAUGGGUAAUACAGGAUCUUUGGCUCUCGGUGGUGCAUUAACUGCAAUGGCUGCAUGUACCGGAAUGUUCUUCCCACUUUUAAUUUCUUCUGGAAUUUUCAUAGUCGAGUCAUCAUCAGUUAUUCUUCAGGUAUUGCACUUGAAGAUAACUAAGGGUUUGCUGGGACCAAGUUGGGCCUUUUUAAGAAUGCCACCCUUGCAUCGUCGCCUCCAUUUGCUCAGGUUCAGGGAACCAAAUAUCGUACUAGGUGCAUAUCUGAUUUCAUCUGUAUUGGCUUUACUUGGCGGAUACGUGGGACUAAUUUCAGCUUAAUAACUUCUGAGUGGUGUGAAACUUCUCAUUCUUGAUAUCAUAGAAGCAUAUAUCAUGUCUUAAAAAAAAAGCAGCAUUUAUCCUCAGUUGGUCUAGAACACCAACCAAUACAAGAGAAGUUGUUUUACACCCGCUCAAUUCUAUACAACUUUCACCUUACUUUAAAAAAAAAAGCAAAGAAAAAUCUUUGAUUGAAAGUACACUUUCAAGGUGCCUUGCAUGAUCACAUCAAGAUCAUGGGUUCUAACCAUAUUUUUGCUAGUGAUCAAUACAUAGAUAGAUACCAAUAGAAAAUGGGAUAGGAUAUUGAGUUUAGCAGGGUUUAGAAAUAUACUGAGUUUUGGGUAGAAGUAUACUUUUUAGAUGUUGAAAGUAAAGUAUUAUGCUUCUCAUUUCUGUUGCAGCACUUCAUUUGCAACACAUAGUGUAUAUUUUUGAAAGGGAAGUAAUUCUAGAGGUGCAAAAUUAAUUUCGAUUUGUUUGGUUCUUCAAAUAUAUAAUUGAUUAUACUCUUUGGAA